UCGUAUGGAUACUCAGGAAUUUGACGACAUAUAAAACACAUUUCACAGUUUCCAUGAAAACUUUAAAGCAAAAUGACGGGAAACAUUUAUGUAACUUCACGUCCAGAGUCGACUGCGUGUCUGUCUUUUCCAAAUACAGCAGCACCUUAUUUCAACGGCUUUAUUUGCAUGCAGUACAUUCUCAACGCAUAUAGUCAUUUCUAUAAAUUAUUAAAAAAAAGUCGUGUUCUUUAGUCAUACUGGAUUCGCAACACGAACCCAAGUUGACCGCUUCUCCUAUAAAGGUGUGUCCAUCUAAUGAGCCUCCUGCGUUCUAGUGCUACCAUGAAGGAUCGUGACUCUCUCUCUCUCCUGCACUACUCUGGUUCAGGCAAGACGAGCCCUCCGUUCCCUUCCGCUGCCCUCCAUCCCAGCUCCCCCGUGUUGGGAAAACCCCAGCCUUUCUGCCUGCAGUCCGGCCAGCAUCUCAUAGCCUCCAUGCAGCUCCAGAAACUCAACAGCCACUAUCAGAAUCUGUCCUCUGCAGCCACAACCGGACCCGGUAGAGGGUACGGAGCCACCAUGCUGGGCCCAGGACAGAUCAGCACCCCUGGGGCUUCACAGGCACCUGGGAUCAUUGAUUCUGAUCCGGUCGAUGAGGAAGUUCUGAUGUCGCUUGUGGUGGAGCUGGGUUUGGACCGUGCCAAUGAGCUUCCAGAGCUAUGGCUGGGUCAGAACGAGUUUGACUUCAUCGCGGAUGUGCCGGCUGGCUGCUGAAAAAUACCCAAAUCUCCCUCGGCCUUCAAAAUCAAAGUGUCCAAAUAAUGGCAAUUAAAUAUGCCUAUGAAGAGAACAUUUAACUGUCAAGAGCUGUUAUUUACAGUUUUGGAGGGCAGACUAAUGUAGGUUUGCUCUUAUGUGAGCUAUAGACUCUCAGAAGAAUUUCAGAAGUCAAGAGGACUAAGCCACAGACUAAAAUGGCCAUCCUUUCCCCCUGCCUUAAAGCUGUCUACAUUUCCAAAUCUCAUUCACACCCUUAUGAAAUCCACAUCAUGAUAUGUGGAAUGGAUUUGAAAAGUCACCUCACCGUGAGGUUGGUGGAAGAAGAGAUAUACAGCAAAUAUGGUUAGUAGAGAACAAAGGUUUUCGGCUACCCUUGCCUGCUGGCUGCCGGUUGCUCUGACUUUCAGCCCCUAUUUGGACUAACGGCCGGAUGGUAUUACAAGUGUGUAAUGGAAGGUGGUUUUGAAAUUGGUGCGCUCAGCGGAGCCCCUCCAUCAUUCAAGAGAUUCCCUCGAGAAGCCGAGUCAUCGCAAGCUUCGCUGGUCACAGAGGAACUCGACCUGGCUGAACGUUUUCCGUGGUUAAAUAUAUUAAUGAGACGUGUCUGUUUACCCCACAAUUCAGGCUGUGUGGUCUGAUAGCCUUAUUUUUAUAUGUUAGGUUGUUUUUUUUCUAGAGAUAAUUGGUUCAUGCACUUAAAUGUCAAUGUUAAUUAAAAUAAGAGUAUUGCCUACUGUCUUUUUUCCCCCUCUAAAUUUAAAUUGACUAAUUCAGUUCUGUUCUCUCUUUUUGUUUUUGGGUCUUGUAGGCUGUAAGAAUAAAACAAGUUAAUUGUAAUGUAGAUCUGUGCAGGUCUUCUCCAAAAUCCAGAAAUAUGUUAGACAUUUUACAUGCUUAAAAUGCAUUCAAUUUCAAAGUCCAGUGAAAGAGGACUUUGUCAGAUAUUCUGUCUGUCAUUUU